CUUGCCAAACGCAUAUUGAAGCCCCUUCCACUCCGCUCGACCCCAUCGCCUGCGCUACUUGACUUGCGCCCACUGCCACUAAUUCGCAUUCAUUCCGUCGAUAGCAACACCCGGGGCAUGCACCCCCAGUCGACGCUGAAAUUGACAGCGUGCUGCGUGACAAUGCCGCUUACGCUCUGGACCUAGCAUCUUUGCUUACCUAGCUGUACCCUAGUUACUUUGGCAAGGCGAGGCAAAGCUGCUGAACGAUCGAGCGGCGAAGCCAAGCGAAGUUAGACCGGCUGACCUUUCCUAAGUCUGAAAGAUGGCCGUAUAUAUUGGAUUCAAGGAAAAAGCUAUCGAGUUUGCGAAGCAGGCGGUCACAGAGGACGAAGCGAACAACUACGAGAAGGCCCUGCAGCUGUACCUAGCGUCCCUGGAAUACUUCAAGACGUACCUAAAGUAUGAGAAGAACGAGAAAUGCAGGGAGGCGGUCAUGGCCAAGUUCAAGGAGUAUCUGGCUCGCGCUGAAUACCUGAAAGGCGUAAACGGGACCGAAAACGGAGGCAAUAACGAUAGUGGCACGGCCGCGGCACAGAAGGUCCGCAAGCCAGGGCAGGCCAAGGACGAGGAGGACAACAAGGAGAAGGAGAAGCUCAAAGCAGGGCUUACGGGGGCAAUCCUAACGGAGAAGCCCAACGUCAAGUGGGACGACGUGGCCGGGUUGGAGGGCGCCAAGGAGGCUCUGAAGGAGGCAGUGAUCUUGCCAGUCAAGUUCCCGCAGUUCUUCACGGGCAAGCGGAAACCCUGGAGCGGCAUUCUCUUGUACGGGCCGCCCGGUACCGGCAAGUCGUACCUUGCUAAGGCGGUGGCGACGGAGGCGGACUCGACCUUCUUCAGCGUCUCCUCGCAGGACCUGGUGUCCAAGUGGCUGGGUGAGAGCGAGAAGCUCGUGUCGCAGCUGUUUGUGUUAGCGCGAGAGAACGCGCCGUCCAUUAUCUUCAUCGAUGAGGUGGACUCGCUCUGCAGCACGCGAGGCGACAACGAGAGCGAGGCCGCCCGCCGCAUCAAGACACAGCUCAUGAUUGAGAUCAACGGCGUGGGCUCCAACAACAGCCGUGUGCUGGUGCUGGGCGCCACCAACCUGCCCUACAACCUGGACCAGGCCAUCCGCCGCCGCUUCGACAAGCGCAUCUACAUCCCGCUGCCCGAGGAGCCGGCGCGAAGCCAGAUGUUCAAGAUCCACCUGGGCGAUACGCCCAACAACCUCACGGACGACGACUACCGGGAGCUGGGCCGGCGCACGGAGGGCUUCAGCGGCAGUGACAUCAACGUGGUGGUGAAGGACGUGCUCAUGCAGCCCAUCCGCUUGCUGCGGGAGGCCACGCACUUCAAGAAAGUGCGCGGGCCAGACGGAGGCGAGGCGUGGGAGCCGUGCAGCCCCGGCGACCCGGGCGCGCAGGAGCUCAGCCUCAACUACUUCGCGGAGAAGAACUUGGCAGACAAGGUGCUACCGCCGUGCAUCACGAUGCGCGACUUUGAGAAGGUGCUGCUGCGCGCGCGGCCCACGGUGGGCAAGGGCGACCUGGAUGUGUUUGAGCGCUUCACGUCCGAGUUCGGCGAGGAGGCGUCGUGAGGGGAGGUGGGGCAUGUUGAGGGGUUGACAGGAUUGCUGCGUUCAUGAGGAUGUUGGAAACAGGGUGCGGCGCCGUUUGGAAAGAGGACGUGCAGUAUGGGCUGGACGGCAUGGGUAUGCCGUAGCUCGGAAGGGCUGGCAUGGUGCAUUGCGGUGGGCAGCCUGGCUGCGCUUGGGAACGGACAAGUUUGGAAGCAGGGUCUCACAACCUUUGUGCUACGAGCCUAUGUGACAUGGGUAAUUAGGCUACAGCGCUCAGAGAAGCGCACCAGGUUGAUGUCCUUGGGCACGACUCAACCAACUGCUUGGCUCUGAACGCGUAUGCGCAUAGCCUCUGUGGUUAUACCGUACAUGGUUAUGCCAUUCGUUAGUGCACGCACCAGCCGGCGUAAGAGCCCUUGCGCAGCUCGAGUCUCGAGAGACCUGACUACCUGAGUGACUACGUGAGGCAUCCAGGGGGCGACGGGCCGCGGUGCGAAGGGGUGCGACGUGUGUGCGUCGUGCAUGGUGUACCCGACACAUUGAAAGUUCCCUUUCUGCCUAGGUUUGUUACACAAGUUAUAUUGAUACCCCUUGAUACGUUCGAUAUUCUGACGCAACGCUAAACGAUAGGAACGCCAACGUGAGAGUGAGCUUCAGUCGGACUUCCGUUCCUCUGCCGAUUGUGAAUUCUUUGGCAUUUGGUCACAUGAUGUAUCUUGUUAUAGAGAUUUACCUAUAAGUCGCCUUGGCGUGCGAGCGGCCAAGGCGUCGCGGACAUGGGCAACCGGACACAACAAGCGCGCGGUACGUUUGUGUAAGCAAGCAAUAAA